CAAGAAGGUUAUAGGUUAAGGUUAUAGAUAAGCUAUUCUAUUACCCUCUUUAUCUCAACUCAAGUCAUAUCCAUAUGUCAAAAUCAAAUUAGUUCUGUGAAUAAUUGUUCAGAAGCGUUAUCCACGAUAAUCACAGGUUUGAUUAUUUGGACCUGGAAUAAGAUAAAUAAGCAAGUAACUAUGGCAUCUUUUCGACAAUUCACAAAGUUUUAUUUUAGAAGUCAGAAACUAUUACUAAGGAAUCUCAAUGGCAACAAAAAUCAAGCUAAUGCAUCAUUGCUAAACUUAGACAAUGGGGUUUUUUGGCUUUUUGGUGGAGCAAGAAGUAUUACAAAGGGCAAUAAAGAAAACUAUAAUUCAGAAAAUAACACAUUUUCAAACUCUAAUUUUAUAGUUUUAACAUUUCUUACCCUCGGUUUUUCAGCAUACUAUCUGAAAGAACAGAAGCAAAAAGUUCACUUAAAGGAGAAAACGUUGGAAACUGGAAGUUUCAUUCCUAAUUUACCGUCAUACAGUCUAGAAGAUGUUGCGAAGCAUGAUACUGUUGCCACAAGAGUAUGGGUGACGUAUAAGCAAGGUGUGUAUGACAUCACAGAGUUUGUACACAACCACCCUGGUGGAGACAAAAUCCUGAUGGCAGCCGGAGGGUCUGUUGAGCCUUUCUGGCUCAUGUAUGCUGUCCACAACAACCCACAAAUACUAGACAUUCUGGAACAGCACAGGAUUGGUAAUAUAUCUGUGGAGGAUGCCAAGGUAGCAACAAGCAACAUGGAGGAUCCGUACAGCAAUGAGCCCCGUCGUCACCCGGCUCUCAAACCAAGCUCCAACAAACCCUUCAACGCUGAGCCACCACCUGCCUUACUUACUGACAGCUUCAUCACUCCCACGGAUUUGUUUUACGUUCGAAAUCACCUUCCAGUACCGGAUGUGGAUGAAAAAUCAUAUAUGUUAGAAAUAUCAGGAGUUGGAGUAAAAAAUGUUUCACUAACACUACAUGACAUCAAGAAAUUCCCAAAAUAUACUGUCACAGCUGCCAUUCAGUGUGCUGGAAACAGACGCAGUGAGAUGUCCAAGGUUAAGACAGUGAAAGGUCUAGACUGGGGAUCUGCAGCUAUAGGGAAUGCUGUCUGGUCGGGUGCGAGACUGUAUGAUGUGCUUACUUCUCUGGGACUCAAGGAGGAUGAUCCCAGGGCUAAACAUAUACAGUUUGAAGGCUUGGAUACAGAUGUAUCUAAUUCUCCUUAUGGAGCUUCAAUACCUGUGGAGAAGGGUAUGGACCCAAGGGGAGAUGUGUUAUUAGCUUAUGAGAUGAACGGACAACCAUUAUCAAGAGAUCAUGGCUACCCGAUCCGCGUAGUAGUGCCUGGUAUUGUAGGAGCUCGUAACGUCAAAUGGUUAGGAAGCAUAGUGGUGUCAGAAGAGGAGAGUGACUCACAUUGGCAGCAGAAUGACUAUAAAGGGUUCUCUCCCAGCACUGACUGGCACAAUGUUGACUUCAAGUCAGCCCCAGCUAUACAAGAGCUGCCUGUGAUCAGUGCUAUUGGUGAGCCUUCCCAUGGAGCCAACGUACGGCUUGUAGACAGCAAACUGCAGUUGAAAGGUUAUGCAUUCUCUGGGGGAGGCCAUAAGAUUGUGCGGGUAGAUGUGACAGCAGACGGGGGACGUACCUGGCAUGUGGCGCAACUCACAGACCAGGACAAGACCAACCCUCCACGUCACUGGGCCUGGACACUGUGGCACUGUGAUAUACCCAUCAACCCUUCAUCCAACAAGGUGGAGGUUUGGGUGAAGGCUGUAGACAACAGCUACAACACACAGCCUGAGUCAUUCAUCAACAUGUAGAAACUACUAAAAAUGUUUGGUGUUCCCAGGUGGAGGUUUGGGUGAUGGCUGUAGACAACAGCUACAACACACAGCCUGAGUCAUUUAACAACAUAUAGAAACUACUACAAAUGUUUGGUGUUCCCAGGUGGAGGUUUGUGUGAAGGCUGUAGACAACAGCUACAACACACAGCCUGAGUCAUUCAACAACAUGUAGAAACUGCUACAAAUGUUUGGUGUUCUCAGGUGGAGGUUUGGGUGAAGGCUGUAGACAACAUCUACAAUACACAGCCUGAGUCAUUCAACAACAUAUAGAAACUACUACAAAUGUUUGGUGUUCCCAGGUGGAGGUUUGGGUGAAGGCUGUAGACAACAUCUACAAUACACAGCCUGAGUCAUUCAACAACAUAUAGAAACUACUACAAAUGUUUGGUGUUCCCAGGUGGAGGUUUGGGUGAAGGCUGUAGACAACAUCUACAAUACACAGCCUGAGUCAUUCAACAACAUGUAGAAACUGCUACAAAUGUUUGGUGUUCUCAGGUGGAGGUUUGGGUGAAGGCUGUAGACAACAU